UCUUAAAACGCCAAACCCCGUCCGUUCCGAUCGAGAGGCACGAGAAAAAUAGGGGGAAAAAAAGGUGGAAAAAGAAAAAAAAAAUGCCGGGACUACGAGCACCCUCCGAUUAUUCUCAGGAGCCUCCUCGCCACCCCUCUCUCAAGAUCAAUUCCAAGGAGCCAUUUAAUGCUGAGCCUCCACGUGCAGCUCUUAUUUCAUCCUAUAUCACUUCCGUGGAUUACUUUUACAAGAGAAACCAUGGGCCGAUUCCAAUAGUUGAUGACAUCGAGAGAUAUUGUCUUACAAUAGGUGGUUUGGUCGAAAAGCCUAUACAACUUUCUAUGGCUGAAAUCAGGAAACUCCCAAAAUAUAAUGUUACUGCCACUUUGCAGUGUGCAGGUAACAGACGGACAGCUAUGAGUAAAGCACGGAAAGUGAGAGGUGUCGGUUGGGAUGUUGCUGCUCUUGGAAAUGCAACUUGGGGAGGAGCGAGAUUAGUAGACAUCCUCGAGCUAGUUGGGGUAUCCAAACAAAGUUCAGUCACAUCAUUAGGAGGCAGGCAUGUUGAGUUUACCAGUGUCGACAGGUGCAAAGAGGAGAAGGGUGGCCCUUAUAAGGCAUCAAUUCCCCUACGGCAGGCCACAAAUCCAGAAGCUGAUGUCUUACUUGCAUAUGAAAUGAAUGGGGAGAUUCUAAACCGCGAUCAUGGUUACCCUUUACGUGCGGUUGUUCCUGGUGUCAUUGGUGCACGCUCUGUUAAAUGGUUGGAUAGCAUUGAGAUAAAAGAAGAAGAAUGCCAGGGGUUUUUUAUGCAGAAGGAUUACAAAAUGUUUCCACCUUCAGUCGAUUGGGACAACAUUGACUGGUCAACUAGGAAGCCACAGAUGGACUUCCCUGUGCAGUCUGCUAUUUGUUCUUUGGAGGAUGUAGAUGUUGUCAGACAAGGAAAGAUUAAGGUUGCUGGUUAUGCACUGUCUGGUGGUGGCCGUGGGAUUGAGAGAGUGGAUAUUUCUGUGGAUGGGGGUAAAACCUGGGUGGAAGCUCAGAGAUACCAGAAAACCAAUGUGCUGUAUGCAUCCGAUGAUAUGAACAGUGAUAAGUGGGCGUGGGUUCUUUUUGAGGCUGUGGCUGACAUACCAGAAGAUGCUGAGAUCAUUGCCAAAGCGGUUGACUCAGCUGCAAAUGUCCAACCUCAAAAUGUCGACGAAGUAUGGAACCUGAGAGGAAUACUAAACACCUCAUGGCACCGCGUUCAAGUGCGCAAUGCUUCGCGUGUAGUAGCCAACUCUAGUCUCUGAACGGAGAUAUAUAUCUGAAGAGCCCUAAUAACGAGUAAGCAAUAAAUAAGGCUAAUCUCAUCUUUUGAAGUAUUAGAGUAUCAAGAUUGUGCUUAUUGUACCUGUGAUUUGAUGCAUGUUGUACCAAGGAGAAGUAAUGCAGGUUCACUACCCUGGUAGGAACCAACUUGUUUCAACUCGUUCCAAUUAAAGCGUGAAUUAGUCUUGGGUCUGAAUUUUGCAUCAGGUAAAUUGCAAAACCGUUGCCUUGGACUAGCA